AUGCGUGUUAUAAUAUUAAUUUUGUGUCUUUAUUUGGUUGAAUGUAAAAUUAAUUCGAAGGCUUUAACGGAAUCUCUGGGGCAGGAGGUUAUAGAAAUAGGUGCGCCAGUCAAAGAACUGCCAGCUGAAUUGGAAGAGGAACCAUCUGUUGAGAAUGACGGGGACGUCACCAGUACUACGAUACAAGUCGCUACUAAGCAGGACACUCGCAAGAAAAUGGAUAAACAAGGGAAAGAUAUAGACAGGAUAGAUGGGAUAAAGCAGGACGACGAAGAAGCUAGGAUUGAAAAGGAACUCGCUGAAAUUUACAAGGACUCUUCUGAUUAUAAAUCGGAGAGCAGUGAAGAGAAAGAGAAACCGAAAACCGAAGUGUCUACUCCAAAUACUACAACUUUGAUUGGAAACUUUACUGAUGCUUUGGAUGGGGAAGAAAAACCUAUAGAAAGAAUGAGGACGAACUUCAAGUUUCAACCGAAUUCUAACAACGCUAGAGAAGUUGAAAUAUUCCGGACAUCUGUUGAUGAAAUUACUUGCGAUAGGAACAAAUUGUCUGCUACUACCACAGGACCAAAUUCAGCAGUUCAAGCCGCACUUAACUCAGCAAUAAUUAUUGCAAUUACUAUACUUGCGUUAUAA